AUGUCUAAAAUUGAAAUUCUGAGACUUUUGAUCAACCAACGGCUCACAGCAGCUGCAGAGGAGAUCUUCAGCGUUUUCGGGAGGACCAUAGCGGAAUAUGAGGAGGAGAUCUCCCUUUCGAAGCUGGAGAUUGACCGCCAGCGCCGCCUGCUGGAGCUCUCCAUGAAGCCGAUGAUUUCUCUGCAGCAUGACAGCUCAGCCGCUCCUGAGCAGCAGCUGAGCUCCAGCUUGGAUCAGAACGAAGUGGAACCUUCUUGUGUCAAAAUGGAGGAGCAGGAUCUUCUGAUCGACCAACAAGAAGGUGCGCCUCAGAUGUCGGAGCAGAACGAUGUCAGUUUUGUGUUGUACCAGAGCAGCGCGGCGAGGAAGCAGCAGGACAGCAGCCACAGGGCGUCCUCAGCCUCGAGGUUCUUGAGCCAAGACCUGCAGGACUCCGAGUUUCAGCGGCAGCCCGGCACCUCGGUGCAUGAUCUGGGCUCGGACCUGAACGAGGAUGAACCUGGAAUGUGCGAGGCAGCUUUAGGAAUCAGCCACUUUGACUACGGGGACCUGGAAGCUCCGCCUCCGGACGGUGCGGACACGUACAUCUGCUCCAUCUGUGGCCAGGCGUUCGCUCAGCGCAGCCACUGGGCCAAACACGUGCGGUCGCACCGGAAGGACGACGCGACGGCCGACAAGUCGUUCACGUGCAACAUUUGUGGAAAGAGACUGACGCGGUUCGACGGCUACCAGAAGCACCUGCGGGUGCACACGGGCGAGAAGCCGUACUGCUGCGGCGUGUGCGGCCGCAGGUUCAGCGACAACUCGAACUACAAGCGGCACAUGCGCAAACACGCAGCGGGACAGAGGUCCCAGCAGAGCUGAGGCUGCGGGACGAGACCCAACACGAGGGCGACUAGUGUUCAGUAGGAUGUUAAAAUACAGUAGUCCCUCGUUUAUCAUGGGGGUUAGGUUCAGGACCCCCCGCUAUACGUGAAAAACCAUAAAGUAGGAACCUAUAUUUCUUUAUUUAACACUUAAGUUAAACUGACAUUGAUUUCUGAUUUUAAACACCGUAUUUUUCGGAAUAUAAGGCGCAUUAAGCGAAACAAGUCAGACGAGUCAAACUUUAUUCAACUCAUUCACAAUAACCACAUAAAAUCAGUUCGAGGUCAGUAAACGCAACCAGAGUUAAUAAUUAAUGCAGACCGGAUUAUAAGGCUCACUGUUGAUUUUUGAGAAAAUUAAAGGAUUUAGCUUAGC